AUGGCCGAAGAAGUCGAACGAUCUGCGCCAUUUCGUGGCAAGAAAGAUACCACCCGAAGACCACCCAAGGAUUUUGACAAGCCAAAAUCAACGGUGCCAGAAUCAACGGUGCCAGAACCGACGGUGUUCGCAAAUAGCUCUAGUUCAGACAUGCUUCGUGUUUUCCAAUCCAUGGGCGAGACGGAAAGGAACAAGUUGAUACAGAGCAUAGAUAAUCUGAGUUGGGCACAGACUUGGGAUUUGACCAAACAGUUCGACAAACAGCGAAGAAAGAACAAGCCUGUGCAACAGCCUCUUUUUGGCAUGGAAGACGACGGUCACUCCUGUCCCGAGAAGCUGCCCGCUGCGAGGGAUGGACCUGGAGCAGAUAUCAGCAGUAAGGUCUAUCAGUUGCUCGCAAAACCCAGGAUUGCCGAAGGCGUUGAGGAGCCUGAGCCAUGGGCAUCUGACCCACCCGAGUUUAUUCCUGACGAUGCAUGCAACGAAAUCGCAAAGACGGCCAAAGCGCCCAACAAUAUGCAGUCUCGGAGCCAUCGGGAUUACCGACAAAAGAUUCAAGUCAAGGCAUACGGAAAAUCUCGUCGUACCUUCCCAAUCAUCAAAAAUGGAACCCUCACGUUCACAUCGGAAAAGCACAGCGCUAUUCACGAGCUCGAGCGAUCUCUUCCUGAUGAUUACACUUUGGACAUCCAAAAUGGAGAUGAUCGGUGGGACGAACUCAAACACAGAAUUUCGUCGUUUGAUCUUCCCAACACGGUUGUCAGAAAUCAGUUUCGUAAGUGGUGGGAUCAGCUUCCACUAGGAUGUCAAGUCGACAUCUAUCACGUUGCCUUCUUUGACGGAACCGCGAUGCCGGACGGACAGUCUGCUAUGUUUCUGCCUGAUAUCAAGCAUAUCCCUACCCCUCGGAACAUGAAAGAUGAACAGACACGCCUGCAUUGGCAUGAGACAUCAGAAGGUUACGUGUACAACCUGGGAAAGGUCAACAUAAGACGAAGGAAGAAGGAACAAGAAAAACAAGAGUACCUGCGUCGCACUGCCCCGUACCGUGCUUGGCUAGAAUUACCACCAGAUUCGAAAGUUGUCCCACCAGGGAUCUAUCUACGCCCUGUGGAAUAUUAUGAUUAUACUUCUAUUCUUGAAAUCAUGAACUGGUAUGCAAAAAACUCGGCUUUGAGCAGUGAAACCGGAUCGGUGGGUGUGAAGUACUUUGAGAAGCUUCUGAACUAUUGCCGAGAAAACCAUUUCCCCUUCAUCGCUGCUGCUCGACGUCCGCCGGAGCCCUUGUGCCGCAAUCCGAUCGACCCUGUGGUCGGAUACGCUUAUGUCGAAUUCCAUCGACCCGGCAAGAAGGCUGAUAUGAACAUGGGUGAGCUGCAUGUCUUCAUCCGAGAAGGCAACAAGAAACAGCACAUUGGGAGGGCACUUGUCGAUAUGGUCCUUUCUUGCUUUGAUGCCACCUCUGAAAUGAGCACCGAUUAUGAGUUUGACCAAACUGGUACAGUGCAGUAUGGACCGGGCUAUGGCCGCCAUCUCACCACAAUGGUCUGUACCAUUGCAACAUCCCCAGAGACACAGGAGGAUAAUGCCUGGGUUAAGAAGUGGCUGGAGAAGGACUUUGACUUCGAAUACAAGUGCGUAUUUGAGAACGCGAGAGUGAAGACUGGCAAGAGUUUUGACCUUGGUUACAUGGCUCGUCGUAUCCGGGGUCCACACACGAGCGAUGGGGUCGAGGGCCAGGGUCAAGCCCAGCCCCAGGGGAGCGGCACCCAGUCUGCCAUACUGCGCUACCUCUGA